UGCAAUAGUUUGGUUUUCCGCAUAAUUCUACUGGCAACAAACACAAUUUGCGACGUGCAGUCAUGGGGGUUGGUAAUAUCCACAACUAAAUCCUCUGCUGUCAACUCGUUCUGUGGUCGGCACUAUUUCUUUGAGUCAAGGACUUUGAAGACAGACACUGAUCUGAGAGCGAAAUGGGCAAGAAUGUGUGAGAAGGAAUGAUUCUCGGCAUAAUCCAGAUUCCUUUAGCUUUUUACAUGGCCUUCAAAGGCCAAGUCGCUGGAACCAAGACUGUCCUCCUGAAUUUGCUGGAAUGUUUGCUGAUAUUCUACAUCCUCUACUACAUGAUUGGAAGUGUCUGCUUCGGUGCAUUCAGACUUGAUUCGUUCGAUGGGUUGAUUCCAUUUGACUUCAAAACUCAAGCUUCAAAAUCUAGCUCCAAGUACCUAGUGAACCUGCUGUCAAUGGAACUCACAUAUUUCACCAGUGGUCUGCUGUUUGCAGUUAUAGUUAAGGAGUGGGUUUGGGAUUAUUCAAUCACAGUUACACUCAGUCAUGUCAUGCUGAGUUCAGCAGUGAUGGCUGAAUUUCCUUUAGCAUGGCAAUGGUGGUUGGCAUUAGUUGCUGGCUUGUUGAUGAUGAUCUGUAAUGGCCAGUUGGUUGCACAUUUCUUUUGUCGAAAUAGUCCCAGUUACUCUUCAAAUAACCUUUGAGUGAGUACAGAAGGAAUCAAGAACUAAGGACAGCUCUGUGACUGUGUGGACUGAUACCAUAUCUGCAUUCAUUUUUAUGUAUUAAAAAAAGGCAUGCUUCUUCAGCAAUAGUCACUGUUAUAUGCUUGAAAUGCAGACCUUAGAUUUUAUGAGUGUGAUAGUUUAUUCUUAACAUGAAAUUUAUGAAAAACAUGGGCAAGUUAAACAAGAGACUAAUAUAAUUUUACAACUUCAUUCUUCUGUAUUGUUCCAACAUAUUUGAAUGUUUCAUUGUUGCAGCUUUCCCAGAUGAUUCCAUUAAAAAGUGAUGAGUAUGGAGGUAAUUUUAAUUUCACCCAAACUUGUGUGCAGUUGGUCAGCUUGAAAAAUCUUGCUUUUGACAUGCUCUUUACUUGAUACGAAUUGCUACAACAGAAUUAAUUCAGGGGUAAAUUGGGACCUUGUAAAAGUAUGUUCCAGUCAGCUCUCCUUUUGUUUAGUUUGAUUGUGCAGUAUUGAUGUGAAAACGAACUUGUGAAACUUUAACAAAGUGAGCAUUAAAGCAUUUGUUUAUUCAGAUUGUAUUUUUAUGUGAACUGUUAUUAACAGAUGUAAAGUAGAAUUCAAAAUUCUCCUCAGAAAUGUUAAUUCACAGUAUUCAUGUAAAAUAUUAAAACUUCCUUUUCUUUUGAUGCAACAAUAAGCCCAGCGCUUAAAGAGUUAGUUACCUAAAAAGACAUGCAUUUUAGUAAUUAAAAUAAACAUUGUAUAUGUAAUGUAACUCAAUCCCUUUAACUUCUGAUUUUAAAAUGUGAUAGCAUUAAAUAUUACACAUUGCUAGAUUUCAAAUGGUGAAAUUUAAUCUACAAAGACCCUCUUCAAUUUAAAGAUUUUAUUGAAAUAGUCUUGGAUGAAAUGGUUGAUAUCUUGUCUGUUGUGACUCUGCAAAUUUCCCAUUUACAGGGUCAUUAUAACAUUACAUACACACAGAUGUGUUACUGACAGUAUAGGCAUACCAGCAAGCUAGCAUGAGUCCUGCCCUCUCCACUGCUGUGUGCUGAUGUGCGGAGAACUGGCACAAACCCAGCAGUGAAUCUCCCAGUGGUUCAGUGUGGAGAGGUUGUCCUUGCAGACUGGGGUGAGCAGUGCAGCUGCUCAACGCUGAGAUGAGGUGCCCAGGACUUCACCGAGUGCAGCCAUUGCUGGGGAUAGACAGCACCUGCUUCAUGUGUUGACAGACUGCAGAGAUCUUACAGUCUCCCUCAACAUCUCCAUUGAUGGAAACUGCUGUCUCCUCCUCUCAUUGCUUGGUUACACAGCCAGAGAUUCUUUAUAGAAUAAGGUCAACAGCAGAUGAUGAGAGGGACAACAGGACCCAAGUGGUCACUUGAAGCAGGUGCUACCAAUCCCCAGCAAUGAGCAAGCAAUGACCGUGCCAGCCAGGGUGCAGCCCUGGGCCUCACUUUUCAGUACUGAGAGGCCGCAUCGCUCACCAAUGCCUACCCAACAUCAGCUGUCACAGGUGGUCUCUCCACACAGAACUGUAGAAGCAUUCAUUGCUGAGGAAAUGCCAAAGGAGGGCAGGGAUUCACGCCAAGUUCACAGUACAGUAUUGUACAAUAGGUGGGAGGACAAGGGUCCACACUAGGUUCUACAGGGAGAGUGCAAUCCAAGUGGAUGUCCAACUAAAGUACAGUGGUACUUACCUGGGGGUGAUGGAAGUGGAGGAUCAAUUGAAUCAGUACUCUUUAAUGUACCAGUGCACUUAACAACCAAGCUGUCUCAGCUGAAUUUUUAGAGUCAUGUCUUACAUAAUGUCUGUUUGUACUAAUGUUAAUUAAAGGGAACUUUGAAUUUC